UCACCAGCAACCGCCCCCUAACCCUUACACCAGGAAGCUCACUGCCUCUGGAGAGCAGCUCCUGGCAGGGUGUGGGCUCCACUCCUCCAGCGCGGUGUGGGCGCGGGCAGUGGCGCUCCCAGGCGCACUGGGGUGCCCCGCGCCAGCCAGGCUGUGCUGCCCCAGAUGCCCAGAGGGCGGCGGUCGUUUGGCCAGGAUUGAGGUGGGGGGUAGGGGGUCCCCUAUUCCUGGGAACCUCCUUAGUCCUCUUUCUUAGGCUGGCUCCUCCUCCUUCAGGCGCGGGGCUCGUGCCCGCUGCUGCCUGCGCGCAUCGCGCCUCCGCGCCCCCACCCCGGCUCCUGCGAUCGCUACUCCCUCCUCCUCUUCCUCCUCCUCCGCCCGUCACCGCCACUACAGACGCCUUCGCCGCCUACUCCUCGCUUGGCCACGACUCCUUCAAGCUCUCUGCUUUCACCAGCCCAUCCGUUCACUGCACGCUCUUUAGGCUGCUGCAGUCUCUCUCUCUCUCUCUCUCUCUCUCUCUCUCUCUCUCUCUCUCUCUCUCUCUCUCUCUCUCUCUCUCUCUCUCUCUCUCCUCUCUCAAGUUUUCAGUGGAGACAGAUUCAGAGCCACUGAAGGAAAACAUCUACUUCUGCUUGCUGUUCAGCUUCGCAAACAAGGAAGAUGAAGACAAAAUUGAGCACCUGCAACGUAUGGUCUCUGCUGCUUAUUCUCCUAGUGUGGGACCCAGUCGGGUUCGUGCUGGCUAACAUCCAAGAAGAUGAGGCUAAAAAUAACAUCACCAUCUUUACAAGAAUUCUAGACAGACUCCUGGAUGGUUACGAUAAUCGGCUCAGACCAGGACUGGGAGACAGCAUUACUGAAGUCUUCACUAACAUUUACGUGACCAGUUUUGGCCCUGUCUCAGAUACAGAUAUGGAAUAUACAAUAGAUGUUUUCUUUCGACAAAAAUGGAAAGAUGAACGACUAAAAUUUAAAGGUCCCAUGAAUAUCCUUCGACUGAACAAUUUAAUGGCCAGCAAGAUCUGGACUCCUGACACCUUCUUUCACAAUGGGAAAAAGUCAGUGGCUCAUAACAUGACGAUGCCGAACAAGCUGCUUCGAAUCCAGGAUGACGGAACAUUGCUAUACACCAUGAGGCUUACAGUUCAAGCCGAAUGUCCAAUGCACUUGGAGGAUUUUCCGAUGGAUGCUCACUCAUGCCCACUGAAAUUUGGAAGCUACGCUUACACAACUUCAGAAGUCACGUACAUCUGGACUUACAAUGCUUCUGACUCCGUUCAGGUUGCUCCUGAUGGCUCCAGGUUAAAUCAGUAUGAUUUGCUGGGCCAGUCAAUUGGGAAAGAGACAAUUAAAUCCAGCACAGGUGAAUAUACUGUAAUGACAGCUCAUUUCCACUUGAAAAGAAAAAUUGGGUAUUUUGUGAUUCAGACCUAUCUGCCUUGCAUCAUGACUGUCAUUCUCUCCCAAGUGUCAUUCUGGCUGAACAGAGAAUCGGUGCCAGCAAGAACGGUGUUUGGAGUAACAACUGUUCUAACAAUGACAACAUUAAGCAUCAGUGCUCGAAAUUCCCUCCCCAAAGUGGCUUAUGCCACAGCCAUGGACUGGUUUAUCGCUGUUUGUUAUGCAUUUGUGUUCUCUGCACUAAUUGAAUUUGCAACCGUUAAUUACUUCACAAAAAGAGGAUGGGCUUGGGAUGGGAAGAGUGUAGUAAAUGACAAGAAAAAAGAUAAAGGCUCUGUCAUGAUACAGAACAAUGCCUAUGCGGUAGCUGUUGCCAACUAUGCUCCGAAUCUUUCCAAAGAUCCUGUCCUCUCUACCAUUUCCAAAAGUGCAACGACGCCAGAACCGAACAAGAAGCCAGAGAACAAGCCAGCUGAAGCCAAGAAAACCUUCAACAGUGUCAGCAAAAUCGACAGAAUGUCGAGAAUAGUAUUCCCAGUUCUGUUUGGUACUUUUAAUUUAGUUUAUUGGGCUACCUAUUUAAACCGGGAGCCUGUAUUAGGGGUCAGUCCAUGAGUCUAGACACUGGUUACUUUUGGGCUGUUUAGCAAUGUUACACUUGUUUUCUAUUUUUUGUUUGGUUUUCUUUUGUUCUUGCUUUGUACAGUCUGACUAAUAACUGCUAAUUUAUGACCCAAUAUGUAUAGUAUGUAUAUAAUGAUAGAGCUUACCAGUAGACCUCUAAAAGAGACCUGCAUUUGCUAACUCAUGGAAAUACAGGCAGAAAACAUCCCGUGCCCAAAGAGCCAUUGCCUUUUUAACACAUUUACCUAGGAACUAGUUUAAAUUGGAUUUCAGAUCCCAUAAUUUAUUUCUUAAUGUUCUAAUUAUGAUGAAAGUUGGGAUCCUAUGUCACACUUUGGGAAACACUUGAUUUAGGUAUUACUUAGAAACAUAUUUCUACUGUUGCUUAAGGAUGAUCAGAGAUUAAUAUUGCCACUCAAAUAUAAGAAACAGCCAAACCUCGGGCCGGGUUGCUUUAGGAAUGUUCAGAACCCCUGCUAGUGUAAUUGGAAGCUUGACACACAUAAGGAGAAAGCUAGAGAUAUGGAAACAGCAUUUAAUUACUACGUAGCAUAUCUAUAGCCAUGUACAUAUUACAAGCAUGACAAGCUCAAAUAACUGUGAGUCACCAUGACAGGAUGUUAAUUACGCUUAAAUUUAAUAACUAUUGGAAUGUCACAGUCAUUAUAUUUUUAGCUUCAGAGUUUAUUUGAAAGUAUUAACUGAACCUUUCAGCUCACUUCAAUCAUUGGAAACUACCUACCAUUUAAAAACAAAUAGAAGAAGAAGAUAUAUGGACUUAGUCUUUCCAAGUAUGUGUUGUCAGUGGAACUUUUCUGGUGCUGGAAAAUGGAAGUAAGCAGCCAUCUUGGCUGCAGUGGAGCAAAGUUCACUCAUAUCAGAUUAGAAAGUUGUGCCAAAAACUCCAAGCAAUGAGAAUUCAUAGGUGUCCCAGGUACAGACGAGCACUUAUACGAUUCUCUUCUUUCCUGUUUACUGCAAAUUCUGCCUUAAGGCUUCUUCUCACUGGGGCUCAGAAGCCGCUAAUCUUAAAGGAAAGGGCAGUUAGUUGGCACAUUUUUCUGUCUGGAAAGCAGCUUUUUUCAGACAAGAAUUAAUGUAAAUCUGCUUUUGUAAAUCGCAACUUUCAAUUUCAUUGACUCGAAUUUACAGCAGCUUUGUAUACCAGAAGAGGUUUUGGUAAGAGUUGAACAUUUUUAAACAAUGACUUUAAGAUAUCAUCAACAGAUUGUGGAUUAUGUCACACACACACACACACACACACACACACACACACACACACACACACACAUAUACACCAUGUAGCUAAAUUAGGAAACAUGAUUUUCAAUUUUAUAAAAUUACUGAUUGUUAAUGGGUAAAAUUCAUUUUUCUGUUAAUAUAUAAGAUAUUAUUUACGCCCCUGGAAUAAGCUCAAGUUACCUGUGUUUCUGUCAAAACUAACUUUACCUGUGACUCACGUGGACAUUAGCAGUUAUUAGUUGACUUUUAAAAUGCAACGCAACUUCACGACGAUGUUUUUGUAGAAAUUAAGUAGUCAAAUCGUGGCAUUUCUUGCAAUUUUGUACAGCAUUUGAGUAUAGUGCAAACCAGGUCUGUUCAAACAUCAAUAAAAGGGGCAUCUUCUGGAAAUAAGCAAACUCUCAAUGACAAAAACAACAAACCCAUGCUGUUCUUGGCCUCAUUCGGCUUCCCCGUUUUCUUUUCUAGAGUGAUUUUACUAUGUGUUUUGCAUGAUUGUAUUCAUACCUGGGUCACAGCUUCAUCCUAUUAACAGAAUUCGCUCUGAAGACAGCCUUGGCCUUUAAACCUUCCUCACAAAAAUAAAAAAGUAAUCCAUCAACCUUAAUAAAAAUAUUACAUGAGCCAAUAAAUGUAUUUUGUUAAUUCCCUUUCAGCAACAUCUUCUUUAUUAUCUAAAAUGAGUUUUAGAGUGUAAACAUUGCCCAUCCAGUGAAAUAAAAUAUACCCUGGCUUCUUAAAUACUUAUGUACAACAAAGGCUCUUGGGAUAGGUGCAGAAGUGUGAAGUGGUGAGACAUUUGAAGGCCAAUGGUAUGAUGCUUCCAUGGUGCAUGUUGCCCAAAUGUUAAGAAGAGUUUAGGGUAGCAGUUUAGGUAUCAGAGGUUAAAUGGCACAUGUUUCUCUAGCAGAGGGCUUGAUUACAACUUCCCUGCACCCACAUUGUAGCUCACAAUUACCUGUGACACAUGUUCCAGUUCUGAUACUCUCUUUAGGACUCCUUGGAUUGCAUCACACAGUUGUUCACAUACCCUAUGACCCAAGUAAUUGAAAAAAGAAAAUAAAUCUGUAAAGUAAGUAGCUUAUAAUUCUGUCCCACCCUUUAAGUGUCUGAUUAUAGGUUACAUUAUUAUAAAUAUGUACAUAUGUAAAAAUAGUUCUAAACAAUUUUGACAGAUAAACAGAAAAGAUCCAUUUGUAUCUUCGACAAGUGCUGGGAUUAUGUUGGUGGAAGUACUUUUCAAGGUUUUUAAUGAUUUUUUUUUUAAUGGCAGAAAGAGUAGAAAAUUAAUGUUACUGUUAUUCAUUGAAAUAACAUAGCCAGAAAAUUUCAAUUCAGGCAUGAGAAUCAUAUUUGAAUCUAAUGACAUUGUGAUAAGUUAGACUUCCCAAUCAUGUCUUUCAGAAUUUCCUAUUGGGUCUCUGACUUUGGUGUAUUUUUAUAUAUUCUUAUAUUAAAACAUCUCUCAUAUCACAGACAGAUUCCAGGUAAAACUAUAAUUAUUUUAUUAUAAAUACCUAAUUUAUAUAAACAUGUCAACUAAGUUAAUACUGAAAAUAUGUGAGCUGUAGACCUACCAAAAGGGGGAUGUGCUUAUUUUUCUCCUACUUUCCUUAAUAAAUACAGGGAAAAAGAUGAACAUAAAAUAUCCAUUGUUUUUACUUGACAAUCCUAAUUUUCCAAGAUAUUUUCAGGGAUGUUCUACAAAUUCAAACACAUUUGGAUAAGUAAACUCUUGGAUAGUAUUUCUAAAAAUGCCCUUUAAUAUUCACAAUUUAUUUAAAAUAAACAAAACUAUU